AUGAACCCGUCCGACCUGGCAGAGUGCUUCUCUGUAGUCGACGACAUGAGCGGGCCGGACUACCGAGCUUCGUCUGUGGGCUGGCAUCCCGACGGGAAGAUGGAGGAGAUGGCCAGUCCAGAGCUGCGGUAUAUCCUCGUCAGGGCUGCCUGCACGACAGAUGCGGUUGCAGGUGCAGAGGCAGGCGAAGAGGCAGAGGCAGCUUCAUCGCCAGCAGGCUCGAUCCAAGGCUUCACUUCUCUCAUGCCUACGUUUGAAGAUGUCAUGCUGACGUGCUUCGUCGCCAACGAGGCGGCACGCGCAUUCUAUCGGAAGAUGGGCUUCGACGUCGACGUGUCUUCGCCCCGGGAGAGGAAGUUGCGUAGUGGGAAGAGGAGUACGGCCGAGUAUGUGAUACUGUCCAGGUCGGUCGUCGCACGCAAGCGUAGUUCUAAAGUCCCAGAUUAG